UUAUCCGGGAGUUGAAAUUUACACAGUUUGGGAACAGAGGUUUGGGAACGAGGCUCUAGAGAGUACGAAUCGCGCACUCUUCGGUAGGAGCCUGGAGGACUUAUCGGAUUUGAGACAACCAGUUUACUGUUACGGGAACAUGCGCAGGAGGUCCGACAGCGAAUCAGCUUCCUAGUUGCAGAAGAACGAAGAAAUGUUCUUUGGAGAUCUAGAAGCGAAUAAAUAAUCUGCUGAACUUUUAUAGUAACGAUCAGCUGACACGUCCGAUCUCUCACAGUCCACGUGUUGUAGCAGCCGGCCUUUUUGACGUGUGGUCUGGAACCCGAGUCAUUUUAGUGUGCCACUAAGAAAAUGGAGGCGAUUAUUGUAUUGUCAUCUACACCGAUUGGUGUGAAUCACGUGUUGUCUUCUGUACACUGCAUGAGUAGCUUGGGGCUUAGAAGUCAACUAUGUCCACAAACAAUGAGGAAGAGCCACUGAUGAUCAAUGGCACAAAGCAUGGCAACAUUCAAGAAAAGAGCGAUGAGCACAGAAAAGAAACGAAGGUCUACAGAGUGAGGUUCUACAUUCUAGCAGCUGCAACUUUACUUGGAUUUUCUCAAGGAUGGAUCUGGAACACUUUUGGUCCAAUUCAAGGCCCUGCAGAGCUUGUAUUCAACUGGAGUGACUCGACUAUUGCUCUGAUGGCAAACUGGGGUUCUAUAGCCUACAUUGUCUCUGUUGUCUUUUUCUCGUGGAUUAUGGAUGUAAAAGGUUUACGAUGGGCGAUGGUAAUUACAGGUGCUUUGGUAGCUGGUGGUGCUGGUAUUCGUUGUAUCAGUAUGGAGCCAGUGAAGGCGACAUGGUUGAAUCAUGUUGGGUUAUUUCUGAAUGGUUUGGCUGCCCCAGUUGUAAUGUCUUCUCCACCGCUUAUAUCAGCAGUGUGGUUUCCACCGGGCCAGAGGACUACUGCAACUGCUGUGACAGCACUUUCAAGUUAUUAUGGCAUGUCAUUUGCAUUUGUUAUUGGACCUAUUCUUGUGCCUUAUAAGAAGUCCAAUGUGACAUUCAAUGGGACCGCGAUAUUACACAAUCAUGUAGCGAAUCAUAGUGAACACAAUAUAACAACUAACUUACACAAACUUAGGGAAGACAUUCGAGUGUACACAUUUAUAGAAUUUGCUGCAGCAGCCGGAGCAUUUCUUCUAGUACUUGUUUAUUUUCCUAAAAAGCCUCCUUUACCACCGAGUAUUACAGCAAGAUGUCAACGAACUAGCUUUGUAAAGGGACUGCAACAGCUUAGAAGACGUAACCAGUUUUGGCUUCUUUGCAUAGCUUAUGGAAUUUGUGCAGGAUCAUUUGCUGGAUGGGGAGCUAUAUUGGAUGUCAACUUGAAAAGUUUUUAUAUUGAUGAGACUGAGGCUGGGUGGAUUGGCUUUUACUCUAAUCUUGCUGGGUCUGUUGCUGCCUUGUUUUUUUCAGGAAUCGCUGAUUAUCUGAAGCGUCGUACAAAAGUUGUAUUAAUAUUGAUCUUGUUUGGAGCCACAGCCUCUUUUUCUUGGUUUCUACUUAUUUGUUUGAAAGUUCUUCCAUUUUCUACAGCUUGUUUGUACAUUUCUGCCACUCUGGGUGGUCUUUUCAUCAAUGGUGCUGUCCCAUUAUUCUAUGAGCUCGCUGUUGAAUCAACUUAUCCAAUAGCAGAGGGCACUACGACGGGCAUUCUUACAAUGAUGAGCAAUCUUGGGUGUGUGAUAUUUCUUCUUAUGCCCAUGUUCAGCCAAUUGAAGAAUUCCAUGGAUAAAUGGAUGAAUCCUUCAAUGGCUGCAGCAUGCUUGGUGUGCAUUCCCAUAAUGCUGCUUUUCCGCGCUCAAUAUCAACGAUUGUCGAUUGACUUGAGAGGUUCAAAAGACAAUUCAUAAUUUCAUAUUACUAGUUUUGUUUUGGUAUUUAUAAAUGUAUUUAGUAUUUGGUAAUGCAGAUGUAAUUUCUUGUUUGGAUGUCCAAGAGAUUUUAACACUUUCUCUCUCUCUCUCUCUCUCUCACA